AUGAACACUGAAAAGGUGCAGAUAAGUCAGUGUGAUAUGAAAACAGAUCUGAACUUACUGCUUGAAUGCCUUAAAUAUCAGAUGGACUGCCCUCUGUCUCAGAAGGAGGCUUUGAUCACUAUCUAUUCCAUUUGCCAGCAAAACAGUGAAGCGAGCGAAUACUUGCGAGAAAUUGGUGGUUUGAUGUUUAUAAAUGACCUUGCCAAGUCCAGCGCUCAUUGCAUCGUAAAGGAAGCAGCUUUAUUUACACUGGGGAUUAUUAUAGAGAGUAAUGUGUAUUGUCAACAGACUUUGUGUACUUCUGCACUGUUUGAAGACCUCAUUUUAUUUUUAAUUAAAAAGGAUUCUGGUGUGAACUUGAAAAGAAUGUCUGUUUAUGUCAUCUUAGCUCUGGUGUCAAAUAAUAAAAAUGGGCAAAGCUGUGUCAGAGACACAGGCUGCAUCAGCCUGCUGCUGCAGUUGUUCAGAACAACUCUCUGCACGUCUGAGAAGAAUGUGUCAGAUGAAAACUCUGAUCCCUGCUAUCAGCUCUGGUGCUCGGUGUGCAGCACUCUCUGUGCCUGUGUCAACAACCCCCAGAACGAAGAUAAUCAAAACAUUUGCUGUUCAGUUUUUCCCCAUGCCAAAGAGUGGCUGGAGAGUUGCACAGAGCCUGAGAUAGUUCGUCCCAUUUGCUCAUUUCUUGGUCUCACAGUUGCAAAUAACUCAUAUGUGCAGAAGUAUUUUGCUUCUAUUGGAGGAUUGGAUACAUUAGCCAAAGUUCUCCUUGAGCUUAUGCAUGAUUCUUGUUUGAGUCACUCCAGCAUGAAACUUGCCGUGGUAGUAACAAAGACCCUGGAUGCCUGUAUUGCUAACAACUCUGCCAUGGGUGUUGUCUUGGCAAAGUAUCACACUGUGUCAGAGUUGCUGAAGCUGCUGUCCAAUGAGACACUGAGCACAGGAGAAAAAAUCAGUAUUAUUCUAACAAUUGGACACUGCACUGAAGUUUGUGAAGAGAACCAGUGUGAGCUGCUUCAGAACAAUGGUCUGCCACUUAUGAUUCAGGUAUUGACAGAAUCUCAGGACGAGGAACUCAUCAAAGCUGCUACUUUUGUGCUGCAGAACUGCAAACAAAUGACUGAACAGUUGUCUCUGAAAUUAUAUGAUAACUCACUAAAUGUGAACAAUGCAGAAGAAUUGGAUGUGCAAGUCAGAAAUAGAUGUCUGCAAGACUACUGGAAGAAAGCAAAAGAAAUUUUACACAGAAUAAGCUCAAUUGAAAAACAGCACAAUGAGGUUGGUCUGUUUACCAAAAUAGUAUAA